GUUUUGCGAAAGGUUGUGUGGGCUCAUUGGAGGCGGCGGCGACAUGAUGGUGGACGAAGAUACCCGCAAUGCGCUCAUGCUGUUCACGUACACGUUCGGCGUGGGUUCGUUGAGCAUGGGGCAUAUUUUUGCAGCGACCGGAUCGAUCCUUGGCUCUAUCGUCCUCUACUUCUUUUCGGCAUGCAACGUCCACGCCAGUUCCCUGAUGUGCCGUUGCAUGACAAUUGCUCCCACGCACGUUCGUACGUUCGGUGACCUGGGACUCCACGCCUGCGGUUCCGUCGGGAGAUACGCCAUCGUCGUAUCGGAGUCGCUUUCGUGCUUGGCCACUCCUAUAGCAUUUCUCGUGCUUGCUGGCACGGAGUUACUUCCCAACAUCACGGCAGGCUUCAACGUCCACCUUACAUCCACCCAGUGGAUCGUCGCGACUGCAAUAUGCAUGCUGCCCCUUGUGUGCAUUCCUACAUUGCGAGACACGGUAAUUCUUUGCAUACUCGGGAGCGUCUCGACGUUGUUCACCGACGGCAUCGCCUUGACUGUCAACUUCGUGGAGCGGCCACUGGCUUCGCGCGAGUCGAACGUGUCCGUCGCCUCGGCGCUUUCGGCCUUUGGGGGCAUCAUGUUUGCAUUUGGAUCGGCACUACUUAUUCCUCCAUUACACCGGCAAUGCUCAGCGAUGGGCAGUGCCACCUUGGUCACAACUGUCAGCACCACCCUCAUCUACGUCACAGUUUUGUACAUGUUCAUCGGCAUCCUCACGUACGCGCAAUUCGGAUGCAUGGCGCCGGCAACUCUGGUGGAAUCCAUGCCACACGGGCCAUGGAAGGUCCUGGCGAAUGCGUGCAUGUUGGUUCACAUUGCCGUUGCGUACCCCGUCAUCAUGAGCCCGACGCUGUUCGUGAUCGAGCGCAGCGUAUUUGGCAAAGACAGCGACAUUGACACGCUCAAAGAAAAGCUCCUCCGUAACGCCGAAGGCAAUGGAGUGGCAGACAGCAGCUCGUCGGCAGAUGCACACCUUAUGGGAGUCAAGCACAAUGCCGAGUACAAAUCGGUCGAGUCGACGGAAGCGCAAGAGGUUGGUGGCCAUGUCCCGGUGGGGCCUUCACGAUGAACUAUUUGUUCCGAUAGAAGUUUGUUCAUGACGUUUUGCACGACUCGUUGAAGUUCACGGCGACGGAGCAUGUCUGCCGCGUGUUGCUUCGCACGGGCAUCGUGACCGUUCAAUGUUUCUUAGCGGUGAUGCUGCAGGCAUCCUUUGCGGAUAUCCUGACACUGAUCGGCGCCACGACCGUGACAUUGCCGUGCUUGAUCAUGCCUUGCGUGUGUUUCUUGUGCUUGUUUUCUUCUGACGGAACUUGGAUGGGUGCUGCGACCAGGGGCUUUUCAUACGUCGUCAUCGUUGUCAGCGCCGUGCUCGGUGUGUACUCGACGUACUCGGCCGUGACAAACAUCCAAGCCAACUGGGCCACGUAUCGCAUGUUCCAGCCCAUCCACCCCGUCGCCUACGUGAAUGGACGGGUGCGGUAUCCGACCUGCAAACCCGGCCAGCAAAAUUAACGGGGGAGGUUGAGUUGUAUGCGCAAUGCAACAAGGUCCAGCAGAGGGGGCGAAGGUGGCGCAAUCUCAUCGUCUACGUGCCCCCGCGGCACAAGGAAUCAUCCCAAGGAGUCGUCGCUGACCAGUACAUGCGCCGAGCGCUGGACUCGCCCACCACCGUGACAUGUGCAAGAAAUAUGAAUUUGUUGACGGUG